AUGCCUUCUUCCAUAGGCGCUCCUCAGCAGCCCAAACAGCCUUCGCGAAAGGGAAAGAAGGCAUGGCGCAAGAAUGUCGACAUCUCCCAGGUCCAGCAGGGCCUCGAAACGCUGCGGGAGGAAGUCAUCCAGGGCGGCCCGUUAGCCGAGAAACCCUCGGAAGAGUUGUUCGCCCUCGACACCCAGGGAUCGGAAGACAUUAAAAAGAAAUACAAAGUGCAAAAGUCGCUGAAGUUGGAUGAGAUCCUGGCCAAACGAUCCGCCGUGCCCGCUGUCGACAAUCGAAAGAGAGCGCAUGCAACAGUCACCGACGGGGUCAUCGAGUCGUCAAAUAAGAGGCAAAAGCCCGACUGGGUGAGCAAAAAGGAGGUGCAAAGACUCAAAAAGAGCAUCAACACAGUCUCACACCUGGACGCGCCAAAUGUUGAUGGCGAGCCCUCUAGCUUCGAUCUAUGGUCGGACAAGACUCCGGCCACUCAGGAUCCCAGUAGUGGCGAGUUUAUCCCUAAACCGAAACCCAAGGUUGCACCCCCUACGCUUCGCAAACCACCGAUCCCCUUGACUGCCAAUGGAAAACCGGUGCGUGCGGUACGGCAACCAGAUGCAGGCACCAGUUACAAUCCGACAUUCGAAGAUUGGGAUGAGCUACUGAAUCGAGAAGGCGAGAAAGUGCUGGAGGCGGAAAGAACCCGACUGCUCGAAGCACAGGCUACGGCCGAGAAAGAAGCGAGGAUACGAGCCCUCGCUGCAGCGCCGGAACCAAACCCGGCGGAUGACGAGAGUGCUUGGGAGGGGUUUGAGACCGAAAAUGACGACCCUGAAGUGUUGGAGAAGAAGCGCCCGAAACGCAAAACGCCAGCUCAGCGGAACAAGGCGAAGAGGAGAAAGGAAGCAGAGAAGAUUGCCAAGCACGAAAAGCGGAUGAGCGACAAGCGAAUCCAGGCUGAGGAAGUCCUAUCCGCUUUGAUACAGCGCUCCGUGGACGACCAGUUGGAAAUGACGCAGGAUGAGCAGGAUCAGCAGGCCGACCAAGCGGAAGAAGGGGACGACCGAGUCCUGCGGCGACGAAAGAGGGGCAACGCUGUGGUCCCGGAGAAACCGCUCGAGGUUGUCUUACCCGACGAGCUUCAAGACUCACUGCGUAGAUUGAAGCCGGAGGGGAACCUGUUGAACGAGCGAUUCCGGAAUUUGUUGGUGAACGGCAAACUGGAGGCACGCAAACCUGUGCUGCAACCGAAGAAGAAGAAGAGGACGUUCACCGAGAAGUGGACUUACAAGGACUUCAGCAUCAAGGUCUAA